AAUUCUGUAAAUGAAGAGACCAUAAAUGAAAUGGGAUGUUGCUAACAUUAGCGCUGGCUGUCUGCUUCCACCUAUCAGAUCACUCUCUUAAAGCUAGCCUCCCCUGGUACAGUGCCUGGAGAGAAACACUGUCGGAAGUCAGCACCUCCCAGCACUACACAGCGACAACGCCAUGGUUUGAAGCCUACAGGGAGAACUUCCUGCAGUCGAUGCCUGCGUCGGAACAUGAGUUUCUCAAUCACUACCUCGCCUGCCUACUGGUGGUGUCCUCCACUGAGGCCGUCCCUGUGGAGCAGUUCCUCAAGCUUUCCCAGGAGCAGCACAGGGUUCAGCACAGUGGAGACUACACCAACCCCAAGUGGUUUAUCCCCAACACACUCAAGUACUACGUCCUACUGCAUGACAUGAGCGAGGGGGACGAACAAAGGGCGGAUUCAGUGUACGAGGAUAUGAAACAGAGGUAUGGUCAUCAGGGCUGCUAUCUGUUAAAAAUGAACUCUCGUACCAUCUCAGCCGAAGAAGAUGAACAGAUUCCAGACCCCUGGAGUCAAUACCUGCAUAGGAACAAUCCGCAGAACCAGGAUGUUCUUGAGGAUGGAGCAGCAGCUGUGAACAGUGCUGCUGUUGAGAACAACAUGAAUGCAGCUGAAGUGGACUCACCAGAGAAAGAAUGGCCUCGUAUCGGGGCCUGGGGCGGGGAUCAUCCUAAACUACUCCGGGGCCGCCGGUGA